AUGCCGGGCAUCGACCCAAGUAUAAUAGUGCAUAGACUUCGUGUAGAUCCUAGCUAUAGGCCUGUGAGGCAAAAGCGUCGUCCUUUCGACGCCGAGCGAAGCAAUGUAAUUUGUAAAGAAGUCGAGCAGUUGCUACGAGCUAAUUUCAUAAGAGAAGUUCACUACCCCGCGUGGCCGUCCAAUGUAGUUAAAAAGUCUAACAGCAAGUGGCGUGUCUGUAUUGACUUCAUGAGCCUUAACAAGGCGUGUCCGAAAAACAACUUUCCCCUACCUCGGAUAGAUCAGCUCGUCGACGCAACAGCAGGGCACGAGCUACUCUUCUUCAUGGACGCCUACUCCGAGUACAACCAAAUUCGGAUGCAUGCGCCCGACCAAGAGCACACCACGUUUAUUACCGACCAAGGGCAGUAUUGCUACAACGUCAUGCCUUUCGGUCUGAAGAACGCCGGGACGACCUACCAGCGGAUGGUCAACAUGAUGUUCGCCAAACAGAUCGGACGCAACAUGGAGCUAUAUGUGGACGACAUGUUGGUGAAGAGCAAGCAGACGAGCUCACAUUUGGCCGACCUCGCAGAGGCCUUCAGCGUGCUUCGGAAGUAUUGGAUGAAGCUAAACCCAAGCAAGUGCGCUUUUGGGGUCUCGUCAAGAAAGCUCCUCGGGUUCAUGGUCCACGAACGCAGAAUUGAAGCCAAUCUAAACAAGAUAAGAGCAGUCUUCGACAUGGAGGCACCGAGGAAUAUUAGGCAGCUGCAGAGGUUGAAUGGUCGUCUGAUAGCCUUGAAUCGCUUCGCAAGGGGCGAUGUCCGUGACCAGUGGACACUCUAUGUGGAUGGUUCGUCCAACGAGAAGGAUUGUGGGGCAGGCAUGCUACUCCUCGGCCGAUGUGGUCUUCGGUUCGAGUACGCACUCCGGUUCGAUUUCCGAGCUUCGAACAAUGAAGCCUUGAUAAAUGGUCUGAAGGUCGCAAGGGGAAUGGGUGUGAAGCGUCUCUUGAUCCUCAAUGAUUCCCAACUGAUCGUGCCGAGGUCCGAAAACUUCAACACCGACGCACUUGCUCACUUAGCCUGGGCCUACGAGACCGACCUGCUGAGAACGAUUCCAGUUGAAAUACUUGCCGAGUCGUCCAUCGACCAGCCUGAAGUAAUGGAGGCCAGAAAGCUUCGACGUCAAGCGACUCACUACUUGAUGCAUGAAGGCAAGCUUUUCAAGAGGGGAUAUUCCCUACCAUUGCUGCGGUACCUCGACCCAGAGGAGGCGAGGUAUGUUAUCUGCGAGAUUCACGAAGGAGUCUGCAGAAACCACGGAGGAGCUCGGUCUAUGGCUGCCAAGGUCGUCCGCCAGAGCUACUACUGGCCGACGAUUGAACGCGACACCAAGGAGUUCACCAAGACAUGUGACAAGUGCCAACACUUUGCGAGCAUCUUGAGACAACCCUCGGAGAUGCUGACGCUGAUCUCAAGCCCUUGGCCUUUCGCUCAGUGGGGGAUAGAUCUGAUCGGCCCAUUGCCGACGGCGAAUGGGCAGUUGAAGUUUGCCGUGGUAGCAGUAGACUAUUUCACCAAGUGGGUGGAAGCCGAGCCUCUAACGUCUAUUACUGAGGAGAAGGUUGUCAGUUUUGUGUAG